CGUCAUUUCGUCAAAGCUUUAGCGAAGAAACGAUAACUUUAAAACAACAACAACAACAACGGAACAAACGUUUAGGUAAAGAUAUUUGCGUCGUGAGCAAGGACUGUGAUAGACAGAUAGAUAGAUAGAUGGUUUAUGUUUUAUGUUUAACUAUUCUCAGUUAUAUAUUUAACUAUUCUCAGUUAUAUGUUUAACCUUCUGUUUUUACUUAAUCAGAGUUUUCCAGUGCUCCUUUUAAGUAAAUUAAAAAAAAAUAUAUAUAUUUGUUUGUUCGAAAUGCACUGCUAUAAACAACAUUGAAACAUGAGGAAGUGCCCAAUGGCCCGCGAUAACAUGCUAUUCACUAAAUGAGUAUUUUCAAUCAUUUUAUUCGGCACCGAUUCGUGACAGUAAGUACGUUUCUGGUGCCAAAAGUUGAUUGCUGGGCGCAAAAGGUCGAGUUGGUUUAUACCAGUUUUGUUUCAAAAGCAAAGAUAUAAACAAAAGUCGACUUGGGAAACCUGAAGUUCCCUUAUCCAAUGGUAUAUUAAUGAAUGGAUGAAAAGCGGAGUGAAGGGAAGAUAUAGUAAGUUCUAAAGAUAUCCCACUUCUUUUUUUAGGAUACACUUAUAUUUGAGGUAAAAAUACAGUAGCUUGCCCCUGGGAGAAUUUUUUUUGAUGGACUUGAAGUUCACUUGCGUCUAUCGUAGGUUCAAUCUCCAUUCAGACAAGUCAAAAUUUUGUGAUGUUUUUGUCCAAUGCUUCUGAUGUUUUUGUCCCAAUGUUUUGAUGUCCUUGUCCAAAUAUAUUCUAUUCAAAAUGUUUCGAUGUCUUUGUCCCAGUGUUCUGAUGUUUUUGUCUAAAUAGCUCAAUGUUAAAGAUAUAGACUCUCCGUGUCUGAGCUCAGGAAUUUGAGAAUACUGCUAAUUGUCUAUAAGCCAAACAUAGUAUAACUCCACCAUGCCGAAAAAUUCCAUUCAGAACAAUUAUUACUCAGUAAACAAGUUUGUUAUUACAAUACAGGUAAAAGGUUUGCCAGAAAAAUUAUGAUUCUCCUUUAAAUAGUUAAGGCCAUGUUAAAUCAUAAAGGUAUUUUUUAAAAAAUAAUACAAAAACAGGAAAUCUAUAACAUGGGUUGCGUUAAAAUUUUUGUUAAACAGAGUAGCUUGCCUGUGGUUGCCGCCUAAUUUUACCAAGUUGGCUUGGUUCCAAAAAUCAUGUUUGUUCUUUCUGAACUCGAUUCCAGUAAGUUAAGUAGGGUUGAUUAUGCCAAGACCCAAUAAUAUCGUUUUUAAAAUAAAAUGUACUCCGUUACUCUGAAUAAUUUCUUUCCUCUCAAUUCACGGUGACGUCAUCCGAUCCAUGUUUACUUAGCCAAACUAUAUAACAAACACAAAUGAUGUGAAAGCGGAAAUGAUAUCCACCAACCCAUUUAUGCUCUUUGCUCUCCGAAAAUAAGUAUUUUUUUUUUCUUGGUGAAUGUAUCCCAUAACACCGUAGAUAGUGUGUCAGUCAUCGGUAUAGUCUAAUGAUUUUUCAGUGAGCGUCUUUGGGUUGGAGAUUAAUUGUGUAGCUCUUGCCAUGUAGUUUGCAUUGGUUACGUUUUUGGUAAUUAGAGAUUUCUGUAUAGGGAUUUGUUGUUGAGUUUAUUUGGGGGUCGAGAUUAAUUGUGUAGCUGGUGCUAUGUAGUUUGAACAAGGCGAAAUGCUAAAGGGUAAUCGGGCAAACCGAACGCCAACUGAAUGUAGCACGACAUUCUUGUAACUUAAAUUCGUAUACUGAUUAAAGCUUUGAAAAUAUGUAACUCUUUAAAACUUUAUGUACUGUUAGAACCGUUCUUAGAAGUUCUUAUUUAUUGCCAUUCUUAUAGCAGGAUAAGACAGGGGGCGCUAGAUAUGUGUUUUAUGGCUCAAGGAGUGUUGUGGACAAAAGUAAAUUGUGACCAACUGCUCAAAAAGAAGUUUUAAAUAUAUAUAUAUAUUUUUUUUUCCCUCUCUAAAUCAGAUUUAACCAAAUCUAUAAAUGGCGAAGGAGAAAUGAAACGAUAGAUGUUUAAGCACAAUCACUCUCUGCUGUCGCGUUGCUAGGAGACCGGAGAAAAUACAGACGACAGGAGCACACAACAUCAAAAGUCGUCAACAACACCACCACAUCGUCACCGGAAGUGAACCCGUGUCUUCUAGCCGCAGGGCCCAUCACCUUUAUAAUGGAACAGCCGCUUGCCGGCUUCGUCACUUCCGCUGUCAGGCUCGUUUGUUAAUGAGGGAAAACCGGCUCGGCUCGGUAAGCUGGGAAGCACUAAUUAUGAAGGUUGCGGCCACUGUCUUUAAUGGAGCAGUUUCGCAAGGUAGGUCGAACCGGACAUUAAAAGACUCGUGGGAUUUUUCUGUGAUAUGGUCGAAGGGCAUUGCUAUAAUUAUCACCAUUUGGGAUCUCGAUAUUUCAGCGUCGAUUUAUUCUGUUGACCAUUUUUGGCGGGUUAUUUGCGACAGUUUUCAUGACUCAGAGUGGCUGUUGAGAAACACGCACCUCGGUGACCGUCCUGAAUACCCAAACCCAUUAAACGCCAGGGGGUCUUGAAUGGGCACGGCCGCUAUGCUCGCAGAGGUCCUUGCAGUGUUUUAAUAUUAAGCUCAUAUAAGGGGCCGGCCAUUUAAUUUAACGAAAUAUUUUUAAAAUUCACAUGUCAACACCCCCCACCCCCCCCCCCCCGCGGUUACAGCCGCACUUUUUGGGCACAGCCCGCCUGCGAACGUCUAAAUGAGCUUUCACCGCUCCAACCCACCACCAUCACUCAAAAAAAUAAUCAUCCAACAACUACAUACAUGUACGUACGUUCUAUCAAGACCCCCCCCCAUCACCCAUGCGCAAAAUCUCCAAUACCAGAAAUCCCCCCCUUUCUUUUUCCCCAUAGCGUACUUAAUAUAUGGAUUUCCCCAGGGUGUGUGGGGUCGUCACUGAUCCCUUAAGACAACUAUGAGGCACUCCACGAUUCUGCAUGUAAAUUUUGUGAUUUAGCAGCCCCUGGCGUAAUUUAGUCAAGGUACGCCACUGCUCGGGUGAUUUCGUGAUCCUCUUCUUUUUUUAAAAUUCCCGUUCCGUUGCAGCACUGGCUUUCUCCCUCCUCCUCCUCGAGCACAGCUCGGCGUCCACAACCGAAGCCCAGCCCACCGGGGACGAUGCCGGCGGGGACUUCCUCGACGACGACAACAACAAAGCCAUGUUUCUCGUCCUGCCGCUCUUCAUCUGCGUGUACGGCAGCUGCUGCGUCAUCUACUGCGUCCACAAGUGCCGGCGGUAUUAUGCCAGGAAGAAGAAGUCGCGUGAGAUACUGAAGAGGAGACGCGAAGAGGCGAUAGAGAGGUAAUUCAAUAGGAAUUUCAGGUAAUUCAUCGGGACUGAGAGGUAAUUCAUUGGGACCGAGAGGUAAUUCAUUGGGAUUUUCAGGUAAUUCAUCGGAACUGACAAGUAAUUAAUAACUGGGACUGGAGGUAAUGUAUUGGAACUUGUGAGGUAAUUCAAUGAUAUUGAGAGGAAAUUCAAUGGGCCUUUGAGGUGAUUCAUCGAGUCUGAGAGGUAAUUCAUUUGGACUGUGAGGUAAUUCUUUGUGGGAUAAAAACUUACUUUUUUAAAAUCAUAAAAUGACCGCUUCACAUCGGAGCGUUUACGGGUAAAGGCUAGCUAGUAGACAUUACCGCAAGGCUUCUCAAAGAGGUGAUCUGUUGACCCGCACCGGUUACUUAAGCCCUUAGCAGCAGUGUCAGGGCAAAGGAGAACAAUUUGAUCAGGUCGAAAAAAUAUCACUUUUAAAGAAUUGGGCACCGGUUCACACUGCAAUGUCAUCGCUUCAUGCCUGCCCGGCCUCUUAGGCUGACAUGUUUGAGAACCACGGUUUGAGCGUUUUGCGAGACGCACUCUGAUAAGUUACAGAUAUAAUUUAAAUUAACAGAUGUAAUGUAAACUACAAAAAAGGAGUUGAUUUCAUCAAGUUCAAUCAUCGAAAGAGAAAAAAAAAAGGGGGAGGGGGAUAAAGGAAAAAAACAACCUCAGAAACAAACAAGUUUUUUUUCUAUGACGUCAUUUCAUGACAUAAAAGAUAAGGGAAAGACGUCAUAGGUUCAGUCGUUAAUUCAUUUGCAUGUAAAUUUUGGGCAUGCUCAGGUAGUAGUUCCGCCAGAGCUAAAAUGAACCACAUUCAUCUAUGAAGGUUGUGUAGCGUUUCUGUGUUAGAGGGUUUGUCAUUUUUAAGACCGGAAAAAAUUCACAUCGCAUUACGUAAUGUUACUAUUUUUAGAUUUUUUUUUCUUCCAAAAAGCAUAGCUUCUAACAAUGUUUUUCUGCCUAUGUAUAUAUAGCAGUAACAUUUUGUUUGUAAAAAUCUUUCGUAAAAUAAUGUUUUAAACACGUUGUCGUCCAGGUCCCCACAUUAACGUAUAGGUACUAAACAGUUGUUGAGAGAUUGGCCAAACGGAAUACCAGGAUUUCCAUAUUAAUAUCUCAUUGAAAUUGGUCAGACUGUAUGCCCGGAUGUUCCAUUAAAAGGUUUCCUCACUUAACUUAAAUGACAAACCCUAUUUAAGGCAAAUCACUUUUUAAAAAAAUUAAAUUUUAUAUGAUUAUUAAGUGGAAAAAGUCUAAGUUAUCUAUAUUUAGUUAUAAUGCAUGACUUUUUGAUAUUGUGACUGUUUCCAGGGAAUGUUACUUCAACAAAGUGGCCCCACUGCACGAUAUAGACCGGGCGCGAUUGUUUGAGAAUCGGCUCCCGGACAAUUUGAGCACUUCCUGCAAUUCGAGCGAAUCGUCUAUUUUCAUUCUGGACCACGGCGAAAGUGAUACUUACUGCUGCCCUCAUUCGCUCUGGGUGAGACUGUUCACUAAUUUCAUUUGUCUUAUUUUGUAUAUUACAAACGUUGCCUUUUGGGGAGUCUACUCACUAAUAAGUGUAAAAUGAGUAAAACAGAGUAGGGUUAAACCUGAAAAAAGGAACGCAACAAAACAACGAACGUGUCGGCAUACUACGUCUAAGCUAAGUCCUGUUUUUUUUAUUUUUAUACCGUUUUUUCUAUGUUUUUUUUUCCACCGAUGAAGGCUUUCUGCCGACACGUUCGUUGUUUUGUUGCGUUCCUUUUGUCUCGUUUAACCUGACUCUGUUUUACUUAUUUAUAGUGUGCUAAACUGAUUGCAGUCUCUCCCCUUAUUAUAUAAAUGGCAUCCUUCCGUCUUCGUGAGACGAUGGAGUAGCUGUAUAGUUCUACAUUUUGACGAGUGGCUCACUAGGCCAAUCCUAGAAUGGCAAUCACGGCCUGCAUCUCUCGCAGGAGAAUGUUGAAUCCCGGUAAAUUCUUGAUUUCCGAAUUGUUCUUUUUGAUUCAAGGGCCUCGUUUCGAGUAACUUCUGCCUUUUUUACUCCCUCAAACACUGCUGUUCGCCAGUCGGAGCGAUGUUCGGCAAUGGACUCCCAUUCGUUUGUUUCAAUAGCAUUGUUUCCCCCUUAUUACCCUCACUCAUAAGUAAUCGCUCAGAAUGAAGCUACCAUCACAAAUUAUUUUAUGUUUUUAUUUAACGCCUGCAAAAAAACAACAACAAAAAACAAACAAAACAAAAAAAACAACAUGGACCACAUCCCACUCAGAUUACAACACUAUUGGUCUGCAACACAAAAUCACAUACAAACUUUGAAAUAUAUUGACCUCAACAUGAUGUGUUUAAAUUUCUUUAUAUAAAAAAAACCCAUAGAGCUAGAAGCUGCAGCUAUAUUUUAGGUUAGAGAUUGUUGAGUAAACCAAUCAAUUUGUUUAGACUUCAACACCAGCACACCACGUGAUUUAAACUCUCUAAUCCGAGUCCGCGGCGUGUGUGGGUUGUUUUUGGUAGGGACACGCUGGCCAGAGAGUUUGAUGGUGACGUUCACAUCUUUGUUUGUUGUAGGGAACAACAAGUGACUCACAGAUCGAUGUCUUGGACUGCACGCAGAAGAACUCAGUGCCGCCAGGUAACGAGGGGUCUCCGAUUUUACGUUUAGUACUGUGUGGAAGUGAGGCGAAUGGCAGGAAGUUUGACUGUGUGUGUGUGUGAAAGAGAGAGAGAGAGAGAGAGAGAGAAAGUGGAGCUUAUGAGAGUGUCAGAUCCUCAGUUUUGGAGAGAGACACGUGGGAGGAAAUAGAUACGGCUGAGCAAGAUGAUACAGUGUCCUCCAAAGAUCCCCACACCAAAUUACCUCCCCACAAGAAUAUCUUUCUUACACAUACUGUAACUGAGAUGGAGAUUGAGAGAGAGAGAGAGAGAGAGAGAGGGCUAGGGAUGGAGAGAAAGGGGGGGGGAUAGAGCGAAAGAAGGAUAGAGAGAGAUGGAUAGAGAGAAUGAGGGAUAGAGAGAGGGGAUAGAGAGAGGAGGGAUAGAGCAAAAGAAGGAUAGAGAGAAUGAGGGAUAGAGAGAGAGAGAGGGAUAUAGAGAGGGGAAAAGAACCCCCAAGAGAGAUCCUUAAAUUAUUCUUUUUGAAAACAAAGUCAACUUAAAUCCAUCCAACACAUUCAUAAUUUAAUUCAUAAUUUAUUUUUAGCGCAUUGGCUAUGAGAAGCAAUUAAAAUAAUGCCUGAUCAAAUCAAUUCACUUAAUUAUUCAAUGCUUAAUCUCAUCUAAAAGGUAACCGAAAGAAGACAUUUUACAGUAAUCCAAGCUUUGAGAAGAACAUUGACGUAAUUAAUGAUCCACUCAGUGAACUAUUCAGGUGACCUUAAGUUCAUCAAUGUGAACCUUUUUCAAAGUAAUUCGUCUAAAUGGUUUUACGUGAUUACUUUCCACACCCAUCAAUAAUCGAAUAUUGAUGAUAAUCUUCUCAAAGACCCAGUAUCUUCUCUAGGCUCUUAUACAAUGUCUGUCUUAAUACACCAACAACCUUGUCACAUAUACACCAACAACCUCGUUACACAUACACCAACAACCUCGUUACACAUACACCAACAACUUCGUUACAAAUACACCAAAACCUCGUUACACAUACACUAAAAACUUUGUCACACAUACAACAACACACCAAUUCCUAAAACAUAAAUAAACCCUACCCAAUAACCAAAAAGCCCUACCCAAUAACCAACAACCCCUACACAAUAACCAACAAGCCCUACCCAAUUACCAACAAGCCCUACCCAAAAGCCAACAAGCCCUACCCAAUAACCAACAAACCAUACCAAAUAACAAUAGCCAACAAGCCCCACACAAUAACCCACAAGGUGUUGGGCAAUAACCAACAAGCCCCAAAAACCAACAAGCCCCCAAUUACCAAAAAGCCCCCAAUUACCAACAAGCCCCGAUAAACAACAAGCCCCAAUAACCAACAAGCCCCCAAUUACCAACAAACCCCCAAUUACCAACAAGCCCCAAUAACCAACAAGCCCCAAUAACCAACAAGCCCCCAAUUACCAACAACCCCCCAAUUACCAACAAGCCCCAAUAACCAACAAGCCCCAAUAACCAACAAGCCCCCAAUUACCAACAAACCCCCAAUUACCAACAAGCCCUAAUAACCAACAAGCCCCAAUAACCAACAAGCCCCAAAUUACCAACAAACCCCCAAUUACCAACAAGCCCCAAUAACAUGCCAAUUUCAAAAAGCUCUUCCAAAUAAAUCUACAAGCUCUUUGUCAAAUAAAUUGUUAAAGUAAGAAAUGAUUUAAUCUCAGGUAUUGCGUUCAAUUUCCAGCCAUGUAAAGUAAAGAAAUAGUGGCAAAAGAUAUAUUUGGGCUUGAAAAUUAACGACGAGUCCAAAACCGAAACGUGCGUCCUACAUUAUUCAGCCAUGCGUACUUUCACGCGAAAAGAAUUUAAGUAUUAUCAAUUAUCCUAUUCUGAACAGCAAAAAUUGAGACUAGAAUGGAGGUAAAUAAGGAAUCUCGUAUGGUGGUAUGGUACCGAAAUUUUGAAUAACAUGGUAUUCAAUUCUUCAUUCUUGCUGGUGUAUUGGUGCAAUAAAUCAUUGCCGUGAUGGAUACUGACGCGCUCUUGUGUUCACCACAGUCGAAAUGUAAUGGAGACCGGGGACGUCCUGUUUUUGUUUAAUACCACAAAGAUGUUCACUGAAACUAUCAGAUCUCGUUCUUCCCGCCUAACUUAUAUAAAAGGCGCAAGGUUUGGUAUUGAACAAAUCUAAUUUCCGUUUCUAUCAAUAACAUAGAGCGCCCAUUGCUCUGAACACUGAGCUACAUCGAUUUUUAUUGAGAUCUUCCAAAACAUAAGUUUUACUUUUCACUUAAAAUAUAUCUCUUGUCUAUUAUAUUACCGAGGAAGGCAUCUUGCCGAAACGUGCGCGUAAAAUUAUUGACUUUAAUUUUCAAAUCUAAACCUAUCUUGUACCACUACUUAUUUGUGAGGUAAUGCAGGAUAUAUAUUUUUUAUUAUAGAUUUACUUGAAGUCAGGCACGUCAUUUGGGUAGGACACGAUGGGGCAUUUGCCCCCACCCCCAACCCAGCCUGAAUUUGCAGGUUUUAUUUAAAUUGCUAUGCACUAUGGCCCAUCCAGUAAUAAACAACAAGCCGACCAAGUUUUGCCCCCCCCCAAUCCCCCGAAAGAACGAAAGAAACUGAAAUGACGCCCCUGCUUCAAGUUGAAGUCGAAUAUAGUAAAUAUCUUCAUUUCCCCCCCCAGAAAUGACGCCCCUGCUUCAAGUUGAAGUCGAAUAUAGUAAAUAUCUUCAUUUCCCCCCCCCCACACAACAAUGUCCAGAGAGAGUUACUACAGUAAAGUUGCAACGAAACAUUUUAAGAAAAGGACAGGGAAGAUUGAGAACGAAAUGCCAGAUCAUCCCGGCCAGACCCAUAACACGCAUGACUCAGCAAUUUUGUCGCUGGAAUUAAACAAAAGGGACCACAACACAACGGACAGAUAUGGCUGCCCACAAUCACUCUUGGUAAGAUUGAAAGAAAGAAAUAGGGUUGGGGGGCAUCAAGCAGACAUGAUAUACCAAGAUGUCUGCGUCAGGUCUUAGUUAUCAAAUUAUUUUAUUACCAAUUGAUUAUAGAACUAUGAAUGUUUGAAAAUAUGAUACGUUUUUGAUGAUAUCAUACGGGCCAACAGCGCUGAAAUCACACGGGCCAACAGCACUGACAUCACACGGGCCAACAGCACUGACAUCACACGGGCCAAAAGCACUGACAUCACACGGGCCAACAGCACUGACAUCACACGGGCCAACAUCACUGACAUCACAAGGGUCAACAGCUCUGACAUCACAUUAUCCCGGGGCCACUGCCCUGACCUCACGUUAUCCCGAGACCACAGCCCUGACUUCACGUUCUCCUGGGCACACAUCCAUGACAUCACACAACCCGGGCACUCAGCCCCGACUUAUAGUAACAAAUAUGUGUGUGUGGAAUUAUAUUUCUACAACGCAGGAGUGAGUGUAUAUUUUCGACACACGAGUAACACAAAACGCCAAACCAUUAUUCAUGCCCAGCUAAAGUCAUGUUCAAUAUCUCCAGGCGACGCCCCGUGACACUCCAGAGAACGCCCCUGACCGCACCCACCCGCGACCUUUUAUUCCAGGUAAUUAUUCAUGCUAAGGAAACAGAGACGCAUUGGCUCACCGAAACAUAUGCAAGUGAUUAUUCAGGCCCCGGAGGGAAAAGGGGUGGGGGCUGGGGGAUAUGUUUUGAAUUUUUUCGAUGGAUUAAUUUUUGCACCCUGUCACAUGACCUUUGAACUCGUUCUGAAGUGAUGGUGACGCAACACUCAGUAGUCACUAAAUGAGGGGAAACAAAUGUAAAUAAUUUUAAAAAAACAACAAAAAACACAAGAUUUCCCCCCCCCCCAAUGUACUAAAAAGUGUUAAAGAAGUGUCCCCCAAACCUUCAGAGUUGUUACAGUCAUAAGAAAAAACCAGCUUGGGGCGUCCAUGAAAUACAAUGAUGUCGUAUGACUUGACAGAUACAAUGCUGGACGCACGCUCACCCGUGAACUGCUGCAAGUAAGUGCUUUGUGACACAAUGGCCAUGAUACACAUUAUUUAAUCAUGGUAAUACGAGUUCUCGCGAAUGCCUUUCAUUACUGUUGUACGCUCCCAUUGAUCGUGAUCUCGGCAGGCGGAGUGAAAUUGGCGAUACCGCUGCGUGCAUGCCUUUGCGAUUUACAACAAAAUUACAUUGAGUUCAUGGGCGCCCCCACUCAUUUUGAACAAAUGAAUGUAACACCUCUGAAGUUCUGUGGACAUUUAUUUCAUACUUUUUAGUAAAGUUUUGGAAAAGCGUGUUUUUUUAAAGUAUUUUUUUUUUUUUAAAUAGUUUAACUGUGUCCUUUUUAGUCUUGAAGAAUGUAAUAGGAGAUCAGGUAGUGAGGGUCCCAUGAAUGACAAACACAAUAAAGGGCAGUGGUGAUCUUUCUGGGGAAAAAAUUGUGUUGUUAUCCUUGAUUGUUAUCGGGAUCGAGUAACCAUGCAUAUGGAAACGCUGUAAUGAAAACCCAAUGGCCCCUUUCUCUUUCCACAAUAAUCUUGGACAUCGUCAACAGUUGUUUUAUAUCCUUUUGUCAAGGUUACCGGAAGAAGAAUUUUUUCAGUCCACGUUUUGGAUAUGCGAGAGCUCCGCUUGGUGAAAAGCUGAGGUAUUAAAAAAAAUGUGUAUUUUUUUUUCUCAAGUCCUUUGAGCUUAUGUCAUUUUUUACCAUGCCAAUAGUUCUCAUGUCAUUUGUUUUCAUGACAUUUGUUCUUUUGUCAUGUGAUUUCGUGUCAUUUUUUCUCAUGCCAUUUUUGUAAUGUUAUUUGCUCGCAUGUCAUUUGAUCUCACGUCAUUUGCUCCCAUGUCAUUUAAUCUCAUGUCAUAUGUUCUCAUUUCGUCUGUUUUCUUUUCAUUUGAUCUCAUGUCAUUUUUUCUUAUGUUAUUUGUUGUCAUGUCAUUUGAUCUCAUGUCAUAUUUUGCCCUGCUAUUUGUUCUGUCAUUCGAUUCCCUUUUCUUUCCAGUCUUGAUUUUUUAUGCGUGUUUCCCCACGAUCCAGAGAUAACAUUUAAAAAAUGUAUAGCUAAUCAUGCGAUUAUCCCUCUGACCAGGAGUCUUCACAAAGAUCAAAAGAAUUCCAUCGCAAAUGCGGUAACGACGCUCUUAAAGACUCAUCGAGCAAAGAACAAAGGCGGAGAUAACUCUGAGCAAGAGACGUCUAUCAAGAACACGAGUCCAUGCGUCGCGGCACCCCCGCGAAAGCAACGCCCCGGGAAAGGCCCGGCGAGACGUCCUAGAAAUUCAUCGGUGCCCAGCGAAUAUGUGACUGAAAUCAAAUCCAUUGCAGCAGUGAGGAGGAAAAUAUCCAAGGAGCAGCCCAAAGUCGUAACCCGAUAUUGACGUCAGAGCUCACACCGGGGUAGGGCAAAAAGGCAACAAAAUAAUAACGGUGUCAGACAGCUGACACGGAAUGAGGUCGCGUGCUGUUCAUUUUAGGUCAACGUCUGGAAGUAAACGAC